AUUGCGCAAGCCUGCUCUGCGCCCCUCCCCCCCCCCGCGCCUUCAGGGAUUUAAAGGCCAGCUGGCGGGCUGCCCCCAGGGUCCCAUCCGCUUGCAGGGCAAGGAGCCGGCCACCCCGGGGCAGGCGGGAGUGACGCGCCAGGCCCAUGCGGGGAGCGGCCGCCCACUCAGCCUGGGCGAGUAGGGCCAGUCCUGGGGGGGGAGGCUGGAUUCUCUGGAUCGCGGACGUUGCAGGGGAGAUAAGCGACGCGGGUGGGCAAGGGAAUCGGCCGCUUGCCCUGCUCCCGGUCUCUGCGCCCCCGCCGGGAGCGCGCCGUGCCCCGGGUCUGGGGACUCCCGCUGGAGCUCGGGAGCGGAAGCUCCAGGCCUAGGCCCGUGAUGGAGCCAGGGGAUGUCCUGAGCGGCGGAGCCUCGGUGGCCGCGGUGCUGCCAGCGGGCGGGAGCGGGGAGCGCCUUGGGGGCGCCACCCCGAAGCAGUUUUGCGCCCUGCUGGGCAGGCCGCUCAUCAGCUACACGGUGCGGGCGCUGGAGAGAAUAAACUGGAUAUCGGAUAUUGUUGUGGUGGUGUCUCUAGAGAACAUUGAAACAAUGAAGUCUAUCAUUGAAAAAUAUGGCCACAAAAGAAUUACGGUUGUAGAAGGUGGAAUGACUCGCCACCGGUCAAUUUUCAAUGGACUGAAAAUCUUUCCAGAGAGCAAGCUUUCCAGCUGUCCACUCCAGAAACCAGAAGUAGUGAUUAUCCAUGAUGCUGUGAGGCCAUUUGUCGAGGAAGAUAUUCUUCUUAAAGUGGUUUUGGCUGCUAAAGAACAUGGGGCAGCAGGAGCAAUCCGUCCUCUCGUCUCUACUGUUGUUGCUUCCUCUGCAGAUGGUUCCUUAGACCAUUCACUAGAGCGUUCCAGGUACAGAGCAAGUGAAAUGCCUCAGGCUUUCCUAUUUGAUAUAAUCUAUCAAGCAUAUCAUCAGUGUACUGAUUAUGACCUGGAUUAUGGGACAGAAUGUUUGCACUUGGCUCUAAAAUACUGUAAAACAAAUGCCAAACUUAUUGAAGGAUCGCCUGAUCUCUGGAAGGUGACCUACAAGCGGGAUCUGUAUGCUGCUGAAUCAGUUAUUAAGGACACUCUAUCACAACAAGUUUGUGUUACCACUGAUAUGAAAGAAGAUGCUGUGCAGUUAGGUUUUCUCCUUCAAGAAACUCUGAAAAACGAAGUAAAACAGGUUAAAGGUAUAUCAGUGUUUCUAUGUAAAAAUGAUAGUCAUCUACAGAACAUCUUUUUAGGACAAUGCUACAAUUUUAUUUGCAUAAAUGCUAAAAAAUCAGACAUUAAGGAAACCCAGCAACUAGUGGAUAAACUUGAAAAAGCAAGAAUUUCUGUUUUACAUCCAGUUGUUCUCAUUUCGGUCCACUUGAAUGUUUCAGAAAAUAUGUCUUUCAGCAAUGGAAUGGAAGAACUGUCUUGGAUAAAGGAAUUUGCAAGGGAAGUGAAAAAGAAAAAUAUUUUGGUUUAUGGUCUUCUCAUCCAUUACAAUAAGUGGCACCUCUUGGAGCAGAAGAGAGUGAUGGAGGUAGCAGUAGUUCCUCUUCUUGUCCUGCAAGGGAGAUCAGUUGCUCCUAUUUCACUGAUCCUUGGUCUACACUACAGACUUAGGAUGAUCCGAAGCUUCAGGAGACAAUAAAUUCUGCUGCUGCCAUUAUCUCUGCAUUAAUAAAGGACAGAAACCCGGAGCUGAUUGGCCAGCUGUUGGUAGCAUGAAUAACUAAAUCAUUUGUAGCUAACAGAAGUAUUUCUUUUUCAUCAUGUGUUUACCAAUGUUCUUGAAACAUUUUACUCUGUGACAAAACCACUGGACUUACAAAGUUUGUUAUUAGGAUAUUUUAUCAACAUAAAAUGUAAGUCUGACCUUGUGUUGAGAUGCAAGUGUAAAUGAAAUAGAAGAUGCUGUGAGGUGCACCAGGUAUUAUACUUUAAAGUGUUUAUAUUGAAGCAUUAGAUGUGAGGUACUAAUCAUUUCAAAAACUACAACUGAGUGGUGCUAUUUAGUCCUUUCAUGUCCAAAGCACUUGAUCUAAGCACAAAUUUCUUUUCAACCAGAUAACAUAUAUGAUAUUAAAGCACAACUGGUGCUCUUUAAUACAAGACAUAGUCCCUUGGACUUUAAUGAAAGUAUCCUGGUAGUGUUUUCAAGAUCUGGUCCUUAUUCCCCAGAGAAUGAAGAUUAAAUUUUAAAAAUACAUUUGUGCAUACCAUAUGAGAUGUAAUAGCCUAUCCUGGGAGUGCAGAAUUAGGAAUUCAUUGUGGUGGGAACUAAUUCUUUUUAAAGCUUGAAAGGUUAUCAGUUCUGAUGGUAGUGGAGAAAUAAGACAGAAGAAAGACUCUCUUCUUCAGUAAUUGAGCUGCACUUUCAGUUUUUGUGUCACUCUGAUUUUCUGUUUGAUAUAUGUGUUUGUUAGACCAUCAUCUGGAAGACAGUAUCAUAACUGCUAAUGCAUGGAGGGUGUUUUGACAUUUAAAUGAAGAUGGCUUAGGGAGGAGGGUAGAAUAAGAAGUUUUCACUUAUCUGCGUUGAAUAUUUUCACAUGUUCUACUAGCUUAAAAUGUACAGUUCUCUACUGCCUCUGGCAGCACAUAACCCCCUGCAGUCUUAAUGUUUUUUUGGUACUGUGUUUCCCCAAUUUGUGAAUAGGUUAGAUUACAUUCUUAGGAACUCUUGUUGACUUCAUUGUAAUUGGAACAAGAACUUUGUGAAAUAUUCAGCGCAUAAGUAGCUGUCCCACAUGUGCUCCCAGGAACCUCCCACCAUCUCCAGGUUUAGAGAUGGCUCCUAUUCCAAGGGGAAAUUUCCCCUAGAAACCAGCCAUGCAAUGCAUUUUGCUGCUGACCUGUCACUGCAAUCUUCCCAGGGAUGAAGUCUGUCAGCAUGGAAAUUGGGCCUUGGCAUAAUGCUGGAGAAUGCACAGUUACAUGCACUGCGGCUCUGAGGUCAUAGAAGGGGGAAGAUUGUUCCCUGACUUACGGGUAUAUGGGGAAUUUUUUCAAGGGUCUCAGCCAGAAAAAGGAGACAGGAGACCCCGUUCUGUCAAAGAUUUCCCUGUCUCAGUGGCAUUCAGGUGGGAAGAGUAGUGAUCUCCCCUUCUCUAUUAGGCAAACCUCACAAAAUUCCUGUGAAGAAGAGGGCCCCAAUUUUGAUAAAAAAAGAGCCCUCCCAAACAUCCAUCACUGACUGUUGGAUGUCUCCCUUCGCCAGCGCAACAGCCCAUUGAAAGAUAGCCAACACAGUUGUUUGCAAAAAAUAAAACAAUCCCUGCCUGCUACCCUUCCUCCUCUCUCCCUGCGGAUUCCCAGCUGUGCCAGGUAAGGAGCCUAAUGCAGUCUUAAGGCUGUAAUAAAUUCAACUGCCUGCAUGGCCCCCUGUGAGUGGGAGAAGGUUUGGUCGAGAAGAGGAUGCAGUCUUGCAUGGGGAAGGUGGAUGUUCAAUACAAUCUUUGUGUCUCAGCAGGUAAAAUCUUCGUACUUCUUUCUGCUCACCUGCUAGAUGUGCACUCCUGGCCAUGGAGCAUGGGUUGAUGGUGGGUUAUUUUGCCCUUGCAAUAAACCUGGUGCAGGAGAAGAUUGGCCUAAUGUGAAGUCCCAAGCACAGUAUUCUGAGGCUUAGGUGCUCCAGAAGAUCUCAUCUGGUACAUUAGAUAAGGUCCUAUAAGAAUCUGAAUCUACUUUGGGUUCGCUCUGCUAAUGAGUACUCUUAGACACCGGAUGAACUACGUGUGUCUCUGCUUUAAAAUCCUGCUAAGAAACUGAUGUUGAUCUAAAUUUUCCUCCGUUACAAGGUACAACAAAUAGUUAUGACUGCCUCUUUUUCAUCCAGAGCAGACAUUUUCAUUCAAUACAGAAACCUGUAUAAAAGAGCUAUAAGCUUCUCAUUUAGUCAGUAUUAGCUGUUUUCUCCUUUGCUCCUCUUCCCUCUCUAUAAUUAUCACAAAUGAAUCAUUUGUCCUUCUUUGACAUUAUACAACAAAUACAUUUGUGUUAGCACCUUACAUAGCUAUAGAAUACCUAUGCAGUUUAGUUAGACAAAUUAGAAACUUGAGAGUUUACAUUAUUUGCAUUCACUUAUGAAUAAGCUUUUCAAAUUCACUUUUAUCUGACAUUCAUAGAUUGAGUUUGAUGCAGUAAUUCAUCUCUCAGGCUUGCAAAAGAUGUGAUGUAAGUUAUUAAUUGGAUUUCAAACACUUAGAUUACUAGUGACUUAUUAUUUUGCUGCUGCUUCACUAUAACAUGUAGAAAGGCUCUAACACAAAAUAUAUGAUGCGUUUCCCCAGGACUGACAAGCGAGCAAAGAAAAAAUCCUUUAUGUUUUACAUCUACAGUAAUUAUAGCCACUGUGCUUAAAUUCAAGCAUUGUAGUAAGGAAACUGACUUAUCAUAAAAUUAUCAAUUAUGUCAGUUUCACUUAUAUUGAGUUGUAAUUUUUACCUAAUUAUUUAUUUUGAACAGGUUUUGAUACAACUGAAAAUUUCUCAUGCAAUAAACUUGUAUAAUGAAAAAUGAUUUUCUAUGGGCUAUUUGGGAGCACUUGAAAAGAAAAUAAACAGUGUAAAUUAAGUUUCAGGUUCUCAGUAUAGAUUUAACGUUUAUUUAAACUGAAAUGUAGGAUAAAAUAACAGGUUUCCUUGAUGUGCCAUUGCUGUUGUUUCUCUUUAAACAAUCCAUAAACAGCCAGUAAACUCGCAUGGAGAAAGUAAAAAUUACAAAAGCAAAGCUAUUGAGACACGGUAAAAUAGUAAGCUUCUGUAGGAAUGAAUGAAACAAAAUAGAAUUAAUGAUAUUUGAGUGUCCCAACCAAAUCUAAGUGGUGCCUUUUUCAUUAAUGUUAAUAUCUAAAAUAUGAAUAAAUAGGUACGGUGAAAUUAA